GGCACCUUUAAGUCUCAUUAAUUUCGUUAAAGAAAGAUUGAAUAAUACAUUUAUACAGACAAUAAUAUGUGAAAUGGAAGAUUAUAUCGAGAAAGCGAAAUUAGAAGAGAAGAAUAUAUUUCAGCAAUAUAUUAACAAAUCCAAAUUAUUUUACGCUACGACAAUGUGCUGGAUAACCGUAACCGCAAUCACAGUGCUCUUCGGACCAUUAUUGCUGUCCCAACCCUUUCCACUUGAAGUAGAAUAUCCAUUCGAUGUGAACAAACAACCGCUGAAGACUAUCAUCUACCUGCAUCACGCAAUGGCUGUAUAUCAAGUACGUGUGCAAGUAUGUGGCAAUAUCUUCGUAGCUCUUCUGCUU